GAGAAGCGCACAGGUAGCUUCCAAUUAUGCAGUGUGAGAAGGAGAUCGGAGAUCCCAAUGCCUCCUUUCUCUUUCUCCAUCCCCCUCCUCUUGUCUUAUCUUGUGGCUUUUGCUUCCGGGUUUUCCUUUCUGCCUGGCUUGACCUCUCUGCUUCUCUACUUCGCUUUGAAACUGAGAAGAAGCCGAGGGGUGGGAUAUCUGGUGCGGAAAGAUGGCUUGCUUUCUUUGCCGCGAAGUGAGCUGCAAGGAGAGCAUGAAGAAGGAACACAUCCCACAGCCCUCGGCAAAGAAGUCAGUGAAGGAAAGCCAAUUUGAUGGUAAAAAAAUCAAUGGUCCUUCGAAAGAUAUAUCGGUGCAGAGUAAUGGGUCUAAAAAUAUUUUUUCUCAGAUAUUUACCUUCCCAGAGCUGCUAGCUGCAACCAGGAAUUUUAGUGCUGAUUGCUUUCUAGGAGAGGGAGGGUUUGGAAAAGUUUUUAAGGGUUGCCUGGAGAGUUCUAAUCAGAUUGUGGCUAUAAAGCAACUUGAUCGGAACGGUUUGCAAGGAAAUCGAGAGUUCUUAGUUGAAGUAUUGAUGCUAAGUCUAUUGCACCACCCCAACCUUGUUAACUUAAUUGGUUAUUGUGCUGAUGGUGACCAAAGACUAAUGGUUUACGAAUACAUGCCGCUGGGAUCAUUGGAUGUCCAUCUUCAUGAUCUUACUCCAGAAACAAAGCGAUUGGAUUGGAACACAAGAAUGAAAAUCGCUGCUGGUGCGGCGAAGGGGCUAGAAUAUUUGCACGAUAAAGCGAAUCCACCAGUUAUAUACCGUGAUUUGAAAUGCUCGAACAUUUUACUUGAUGAGGAGUAUCAUCCUAAGUUGUCUGAUUUUGGUUUGGCAAAGCUUGGUCCCGUCGGUGAUAACUCUCAUGUAUCCACUAGAGUCAUGGGUACAUACGGAUAUUGUGCACCAGAGUAUGCGAUGACGGGGCAGCUAACCUUAAAAUCAGAUAUUUAUAGUUUUGGAGUUGUACUAUUGGAGAUAAUCACAGGAAGGAAGGCUAUUGAUUAUUCCAGUAAAGCAGGGGCGCAGAAUCUUGUCGCAUGGGCACGCCCUCAGUUCAAAGACAGGACGAAGUUCGCUCAGAUGGCCGACCCAAUGCUCGAGGGUCAGUAUCCAUUAAGAGGCUUCUACCAAGCUCUCGCCGUUGCAGCGAUGUGCGUCCAGGAGGAACCAACCACGAGGCCUCUCAUCUCCAACGUGGUAACUGCGCUCACUUUCCUUUCUUCCCAAACCUACACGCCACAGAUCCAGCCUGCUUAGAACACUUCAGAAAACAUAUAGUGAUUUUAUUAUUUAUAUUUGAGCAAUUCCUUCACAGAACAAGCUGUUAUCUUAUUCAAUGUAUCAUUCUUAGAUAACAGGCAUGUAUGUCAAAUUCAUCGGAAUAAGCUUCAUUCAUUUAUAUUUUGAUUGGUUUG